AAGUGUUUACCUUCUUUCUUCAUCUUUCUCCGCUGGUCUUCACAGUUUGUCACACCUUGGAGGAUGAAUUCCAGAGCUUGAUUUUUUUUUUCCUUUUCAACUAUAGACGUAAUCUCCAUUAAUGGACAACAAAAAGCUUCAAUUUUUCUCCUUUACUCUUUUCUUGAUUCUCCAAUUCACAGCCCUUUAUCUUCCUUCACUUGCUUUCACUCCUCCGGAUAAUUACCUCAUCAGCUGCGGAUCAAACGACAACAUCAUGGUCGAGAACAGAGCCUUUGUGGGCGACUCCACCUUCCUCCUCUCUGCACCUCGAUCGUUCACUCUAACAGACCCAAACCCAUCUCCUGGUUCAUCAUCCCUGUACCAAAAAGCCAGAGUUUUCACAAGGAAUUCAAGCUAUGUGUUCGACAUAAAGGAGAAAGGCAGGCACUUGGUACGUCUCCAUUUCUUCCCUUUCUCUUCUCAGGGCUGUGAUCUCACCUCAGCUCUUUUCCAUGUCUCUGUUCCUGGGUCUUCUCUUUCGAGUGAGUUUAGCUUCUCAGACAACAGCCAUACAUCUUCUCCUUUGCUUAAGGAGUAUAUAGUAAUGGUUAACUACGAUAAGCUCGAAAUCUCGUUUGCUUCGGCCGGAAAAUCGUUUUUGGGGUUCGUUAACGCCAUCGAAGUCUUCUCUGCUUCUCAUGAUCUUAUUAAUGAUGUGGGACUAAAAUUUCUUGGUCCUGCGGGAAUCGAGGAUGACAGAGGUCCAUCGUUGCAGGUUUUGGAGACUGUUCACAGGAUCAAUGUCGGAGGUCCCAAAAUCACACCCUUCAAUGAUACUACUCUGUGGAGGACUUGGAUCCCUGACGAGGAUUUUCUGGUCUUGAAGUCUGCAGCGAAAUCUGUUUCUUCCACUGGAACCCUGACCUACCUGGAAGGAAUUAGCAGCAGAGAGAUCGCUCCUGAUAGUGUUUACCUGACCGCCCAAGAGAUGAAUAAGAGUAACCUUUCUGGGUUGGUGAAUUUCAAUAUAACUUGGGCUUUUCCUCUGAGCUCUGGCCAUGGAAAGCACUUGGUUCGGAUGCAUUUCUGUGAUAUCGUUAGUACUUCUGAAUCUCAGCUCUACUUCAAUGUGUACGUCAACGACUACUCAGCUUUCAAAGAUCUUCAGCUCAGUACUCUUACAGAUCACACGCUGGCGACUCCUUGCCACCUUGAUUUCGUCACUGAUGCAGAGAAUUCUUCUGGGUUAAUGCACAUAAGCGUUGGUCCUUCUGGUAUGAGUUUUCCUCAACAAAUCAAUGCAAUUCUCAAUGGUGUAGAGAUCAUGAAGAUUAUGGAUGGUGGGGUUGUUGGGUCUUCGAUUUCGUCCAGAGGAUCGAAGAGCAAACAUUUCGCAAUUCUGGUGGGUUCAGUGCUUGGAGGCUUUGCUCUUGUAUGUGCUUGGAUUGUGAUCUUUUCUGUCAUGUUAGUUAAGCAUAGGAGGAAGAAGAGACGACAAGAAACGCCUUCAGAAACUGUGUCCUGGUCUCCCCUGCCCAUGCUUGGAGGUGGGGGGAGUUCUCACAGCAGGUUCAGUGAAGAGACCAACAGUGUGUUUCCUGGCUUGAACAUGAACCUUGGCUUGAAGAUUCCUUUUGCAGAGAUACAAUUUUCCACCAACAAUUUCGAUAAGAAUCUGAUCAUCGGCUCUGGUGGAUUCGGUAUGGUCUACAAAGGGGUGCUGAGAGAUAACACGAAAGUUGCCGUGAAGCGUGGUAUGCCAGGCUCCAAGCAAGGCCUUUAUGAAUUCCAGACAGAGAUCACAGUCUUAACUAAAAUUCGACACAGACACCUAGUCUCCUUAAUUGGGUACUGUGAAGAACAGUCAGAGAUGAUACUAGUAUAUGAGUUCAUGGAAAAAGGACCAUUGAAGAAUCACUUAUAUGAUUCAGGGUUGCCUCCUUUGUCUUGGAAGCAGAGGCUUGAGAUAUGCAUUGGUUCUGCCAGAGGUAUUCACUAUCUUCACACUGUUUCUGCCCAAGGAAUCAUCCAUCGAGAUGUGAAGUCGACCAAUAUAUUGCUUGAUGAGAAUUAUGUUGCUAAGGUUGCUGAUUUCGGGCUUUCAAAGUCCGGCCCGUGUCUUGACGAGACUCAUGUUAGCACUAGUGUUAAAGGUAGUUUCGGGUAUCUGGACCCAGAGUACUUCAGAAUGCAGCAGCUCACAGAUAAAUCGGAUGUCUAUUCAUUUGGUGUGGUACUUCUUGAAGUACUCUGUGCCAGACCAGUCAUUGAUCCUUUGCUUUUGAGGGAGGAGGUGAACUUAGCUGAAUGGGCAAUGAAGUUGCAGAAGAAACGGCGGCUUGAGCAAAUCAUCGAUCCUCAUCUCAUUGGCAAAAUCAAUACCAAGUCUCUUGAGAAAUUUUCAGAGACUGCAGUGAAAUGCUUGGCUAAGUAUGGUAUUGAUAGGCCUACAAUGGGUGAUGUGCUCUGGAACUUGGAGUAUGCACUGCAGCUCCAGCAGACUGCAGUGAACAGAGAACCUCAUGAGGAUAGCACGGAUCAUGGAUAUCAGCUCCCGUUGCCUCCUGUUGUUUUACGUGUACUAUCUAGUGGCACAAGGCUUGAAGGGGACAGUGAUGGAAGUUCUGAGCAUAGUACAACUCAAGUAUUUUCGCAAUUGAUUACCAAUGAAGGUAGAUAGUAGCUUCAGGGUUUGUGAUCUCUGGUAUAGGUAGAUGAUCAGCCAUGGUUAAUAUUUUCUCAGAAUCAGAACAAUUUGAAAACAUUCACCAACUCCAACUAAGAAGAACCACAUAUUUUGGAAUUGUUCCUUCUUCACCUAUUGCCACCAAUCCAUGGAUGGAUACUGAAGAUAGUCCCAGGUUUAUUUACUUUUUGUCCAUUUAGUUCUUGUACUAGAAGGUGAAUAGGGAUAUCUUUUUGGCUUUCUGAAUAUAGUCUAGUAUAACAAUAAAGAGCCAAACCAAGUAAGAUCUGUAAUUGUAAAAAUUCAUGUACACUAUUUGGGUUCGUAAUUCUACUUAUGGAUGAGGAAUUAUGAAAAUCAUAUAUUGUAAGUUUAUUCGCUAA